CUCGUCCCUCCACCGCCGUACGCCUGCCCGUCUCGCUUCUUAUACACAGGCAAGGCCCACAGGCAAGGCCAAAAGUCAUGAGGGUCUUACACCUCAUAGCGUUCCUUGCUGUUCUGGUAACGGCUGUGGUCGCGUGGACCAAGGAGGACCACGAAAUCUUUGACCUCGUGAGCGCGGUUGAGAAGUCCGAAGGCAAGGGCACGAACUUCUACUCUUGGCUGGAUGUACCCCACACUGCAUCCACGGCCCAAAUAUCUAAGGCUUAUAGGAAGAAGAGCUUGCAGCUGCACCCCGACAAGAACAAGGGCGUCAAGGACGCGCAUGAGCGAUUUGCGCGACUUGGAGUGGUCGCGGCCAUUUUGAGGGACCCCGCGAAACGCGAACGCUAUGACUUCUUCUACAAGAACGGGGUACCCGUGUGGCGGGGCACCGGCUACUAUUAUUCUAGAUUCCGUCCUGGGCUUGGGACGGUCCUUACGUUCCUGGUAAUCAUCACGUCGGGGAUACAAUACAUCGUUCAAAAGUUGAACUAUAAUCGCGAUUUGAAACGGAUUGAGCACAUCGUAGAGCAAGCCCGGACUGCCGCUUGGGGCUCCAAGCUAAACCCCGUCGAGGGCCAAAGGAAGGUCAAGGUGAACCUUGGGGGCUCGCCGCGUCUAGACGAAGACGGGAAUGUCAUCCCUGGGAGGAUGGUGGACAUGGUGGUGGAAGGGAGCCACGUCUAUAUUCUCGAACCAGAUGGAAGUCUGCUGCCGGUGGACAAUGAAACGGCGGUAGCCCCAUCGAUCAAGAGGACAUGGUUCCUGUCCCUUGUGACCGGGCUCUUGAGAAAAGUGGCUAGGCGCGAUGGUGGGACGAUAGAGAGCAGCUUGGGGCAGGACGCUACAGCAGACGAAGGCGAGUCGGACGAUGGGUCGGGCGUUAGCUCUGAGGUGUCAAGGAGCGGUACGACAACGCCCCAGGGGGGCAACGGGGCCAACGGGUCAAAGAACGGGCGAAUCUCGGCGACGAGUAUGGCAGGGGGACGGAGGAGAAAAGUAGUGAGGAAAAAAUGAGCGGUCGUGUGUUCCGGGGGGCGCGGAGGCGCGACGGUCCGCGCCUCUUGCUUAUCUCUGCGCCUUGGCUGGAAUUCUGUUCUGCCAGGAACCAAUCACAUCUGGCUCGUUGUGCAAGGGACGCCGCAACCAUGCCUGUUUUG